AUGAGUAAAUCCGUAACAUUUAUCCUGCUGGCCAUGCUAGCGCUGGCCUAUGCUGCAUCCUUUGACCAAGAUCUAGACAAAGAGUGGCAAGCCUUCACCAAGGAGCAAGGCAAGACCUAUAAGGAUGCAACCGAAGAGGAACUCCGCUACAAGAUCUUCAACAAGAACAGGAUCGAGAUCGCGGAGCACAAUCGGCGAUACGCCAAUGGAGAGGUGAGCUUCAAGAUGGCGGUCAACGAGUAUUCCGACUUGACGAGUAAAGAGUUCAGCGAUAUGAUGACCGGCCUUAGGUACAUCGAUCUGAGUUUCUCCAGCACAUUUGAUGAGAACUUAAAGGGACAGGCUUUCAUCUCGCCAAAGCACGUAACAUUGCCCGAUUCGGUGGACUGGCGCUCCAAAGGAGCUGUGACCGGAGUCAAGAAUCAAAAGAGAUGUGGCAGCUGUUGGGCCUUCUCCACUACAGGGUCCUUAGAGGGUCAGCACUUUCGGAAGACUGGAAAGCUGGUCUCUCUCUCGGAACAGAAUCUGGUGGACUGCUCGAGAUCCUAUGGAAACAAAGGCUGCAGCGGUGGUUUCAUGACCUGGGCUUUCAAGUACAUCAAGGACAAUGGCGGCAUCGACACCGAGGAGUCGUAUCCCUACAAGGCCGUGAAUGACAAGUGUAAAUUCAACAGGGCUACGAUUGGGGCGACCGUUACCGGAUUUGUGGAACUACCAUCAGGGGACGAGAGGAAGCUGGCUGAGGCUGUGGCCACCAUAGGACCCAUUUCCGUAGGCAUACAUGUCGUUGCAGGAUCCUUCCAACACUACCACUCGGGGAUCUAUAUUGAGCCCAAAUGCAAUCCCAAGAUAAUUAAUCACGCUGUCCUGGUCGUUGGCUAUGGCUCUGAGAAUGGAAAGGACUUCUGGCUGGUGAAGAACUCCUGGGGAAGCAGUUGGGGCGACAAGGGAUACAUCAAGAUGCUGCGUAAUGGAAACAACCAGUGCGGCAUAUCCUCGCUCUCCAGCUAUCCAACUGUUUAA